AUGGUGUGGGGGAACCAGACCUUCAGCUCUGACUUCAUCCUGCUGGGAAUCUUCGAUCACAGCCCCACCCACACCUUCCUCUUCACUCUUGUCUUGAUCAUCUUUGCAGUGGCCUUCCUGGGGAACUCAGCCAUGGUUCUCCUGAUCUACCUGGACCCCCACCUCCACACCCCAAUGUACUUCCUUCUCAGCCAACUGUCCCUCAUGGACCUCACCCUAAUCUGCACCACCGUACCCAAGAUGGCUUUCAACUACUUGUCUGGCAGCAGGUCCAUCUCUGUGGCUGGCUGUGCCACACAAAUUUUCUUCUAUACAUCACUGCUUGGCUCUGAAUGCUUCCUGCUGGCUGUCAUGGCUUAUGAUCGCUAUAUCGCCAUUUGUCACCCUCUAAGAUACACCAGUCUCAUGAGCUCCAAAAUCUGUGGACUUCUGGCUGCCUCCUCCUGGCUCCUGGGCUCUACAGAUGGUAUCAUUGAUGCUGUAGCUACAUUUUCCUUCUCCUAUUGUGGGUCUCGGGAAAUAGCUCACUUCUUCUGUGACUUCCCAUCCCUACUGAUCCUCUCAUGCAAUGACACAUCAACAUUUGAAGAGGUUCUUUUCAUCUGCUGUAUAGUAAUGAUUGUUUUCCCUGUAGCAAUCAUAAUUGCUUCCUAUGCCCGUGUUAUUCUGGCUGUCAUUCACAUGGCGUCAGGGGAGGGUCGCCGCAAAGCUUUUGCCACCUGUUCCUCCCACCUCAUGGUGGUGGGAAUGUACUAUGGAGCAGCCCUGUUCAUGUACAUGCGGCCCACUUCUGAUCGUUCACCCACCCAGGACAAGAUGGUGUCUGUUUUCUACGCCAUCCUCACUCCCAUGCUGAACCCUCUCAUCUACAGCCUCCGCAACAAGGAAGUGGCCAGAGCAUUCAUGAAGGUGCUAAGGAAAGCUAAGUCUGGAGAGUGA